CUCUCUCCCUCCCUCCCUCUGUCUCUCCCUCUCCCACUGCUGCCUCACUCAUUCCCUGAGCAGCACACUGAACCGGAUAACGUCUCCUUCAACCCGCAGCACAGUCUCAUUUCUCUACACACCAGCUCUGAGUGGAUGCUCAGCAGGGGUGUUUGAGAUAUUAGCCCGCUGUGGGGGGAAACGGCUCAGGGACUUCUACCAUCCACACACUAAGAGCCGGCAGUCAGGAGGAAUAUGGGCAAAUCCGAAAGCCAAAUGGAUAUCAUGGAGAAAUCAAGUAAACCUGGGAAGCGUCGUUGGACUGUUGCAGAAAUUGGUCUGUCCGUGCUGCUGCUGUUGGUCAGCUGUGCCUUGGCUGGGCUGGUAGUCCUCUACACAUCGGUUGUGAAAGAACAAUCUAACAAGACAAGUGUUUCGAGGAGCUCAACAAGUGAAGGCCAGCUGUUUCGCUCUAGCCUCAACAAUGUUUGCACAACUGCGGACUGUGUUACUGCAGCUGCUCGGCUCUUGCAGAACAUGGAUACGUCCGUGAAGCCUUGUGAUAAUUUCUACCAGUAUGCCUGCGGGGGUUGGCUAGAGAGACAUGUCAUUCCGGAGACAAGCUCCCGCCACAGUGUCUUUGACAUUCUGAGGGACAAGCUGGAGAUUGUCCUCAAAGGUGUUCUUGAGAUGCAGAAUGAACAGGACAGAAAUGCCAUCAAGAAGGCCAAAGUUCUUUACAACUCCUGCAUGAAUGAGAGCCUCAUUGAGCAGCGUGACUCGCAGCCCCUCCUGAAGCUCAUUGAGAGCAUCGGCGACUGGCCUGUGGCGUCAGAUGACUGGAACACCACUACAGAGGAAGCAUGGAGCCUCGAGGACACACUGGCAAAGCUUACGGCUCGUUUCCACAAGAAGGUUCUGCUGGACAUGUACGUGUGGACGGACGAUCGGGACUCUCGGCGCCAUAUCAUUUAUAUUGACCAGCCGGGACUUGGUAUGCCAUCAAGGGACUAUUACUUCAACGAUGGAAACUACAAAAAGGUUCGAGAGGCCUACCUGCAUUUCAUGGUUUCUAUUGCCAAGAUAACCCGCGAGGACAGAAACUUGACUCAGGAUGACGACCGUGUGUGGGAGGAAAUGAUGCAAGUGCUGGACCUGGAGACAGACAUCGCCAAUGCCACAUCACCGGCAGAGGAGCGCCAAGAUGUCACCGUUCUCUAUAAUAAGAUGACACUCGGAGAGCUACAGAGCACAUUCAGCUUUAAUGGUUUUAACUGGACUCGGUUUAUUCAAGGCGUGCUGUCCAGUGUGUCCAUGGAGGUGAAGCUGGAGGAGGAGGUGGUGGUGUACAGCUCUCCUUACCUUGAGAAGAUGAAUGACGUUCUCUCCAAACACAGUGUCAGAGCUAUGCAGAACUACCUCACCUGGCAGCUCAUCAUUGACAGAGUUAACAGCUUGAGCCGCCGCUUCAAAGACGCCAGAGCCCGUUACAGAAAGACUCUAUAUGGGACCACCGUGGAGGACGCUUGGUGGCGAGAAUGUGUCCGUUAUGUCCAGAACAGCAUGGAGAACGCAGUCGGUGCUCUGUAUGUGCGUGAGACUUUUGCUGGAGAGAGCAAACGAAUGGUCAGUGACCUUAUUGGUAAGAUCCAGAAAGCAUAUGUUGAAACCCUGGAGGAAUUAAGCUGGAUGGAUUCUCCCUCGAAGGAGAAGGCAAGAGAGAAGGCCAUGGCGAUCAAGGAGCAUAUUGGCUAUCCGGAUCAUAUUCUGCAGGACAGCAACCAGAAGCUUGACCAGGAGUACGCACAUCUGAAUUUUAGCGAAGAACAUUACUUUGAGAACAUCCUCGAGAACCUCAGGUCUGAAGCACACAAGAGUCUGAAGAAGCUCAGAGAACCAGUGGACCCGGACUUGUGGAUCAUCGGUGCUGCUGUGGUGAAUGCUUUCUACUCACCCAACAGAAACCAGAUCGUGUUUCCAGCAGGAAUCCUGCAGCCGCCUUUUUUCAGUAAACAUCAGCACCAGGCUCUUAACUUUGGAGGGAUAGGAAUGGUUAUCGGACAUGAGAUCACACACGGAUUCGACGACAACGGGCGUAAUUUCGACAAGGAUGGUAAUAUGCUAAACUGGUGGAGUAAUUAUUCUGCUGAGCAUUUUAAAGAGCAGUCACAGUGCAUGGUGCAACAAUAUGGCAACUUCAACUGGAAGCUGGCAGGUGGACAAAACGUCAGUGGAAUCAGCACUUUGGGGGAGAACAUUGCAGACAAUGGAGGGGUUCGUCAAGCAUAUAAGGCUUAUCUAAAGUGGGUGGAGAUGGAGGGCGAGGAGCCUCGUCUACCUGGUCUAGACAUGGAUCACAAGCAACUUUUCUUUCUCAACUUUGCCCAAGUGUGGUGCGGUGCUUAUCGGCCUGAGUAUGCCAGCCAGUCCAUCAAGACUGACUCACACAGUCCCUUAGAGUACAGGGUGCUCGGAUCGCUCCAGAAUUUCGAAGCAUUCUCAGAAGCUUUCCAGUGCCAAAAAGGCAGUCAGAUGAACCCCGAGCUUAAGUGCCGUGUCUGGUAGAAAAUUUGACUCUUGAGGAAAGUAUUUCUUGAUUUGGGCAACUCAAAUCAAAAGAACAAGUUGUACUGCUUAAACCCACAGAGACACUCUGCUUAUUUCCAAUUUAUUUGGGGCAGAGUGAUGACACUGGUAUUUUCUUUCAAAAUGGAUGGCAUCCUAGCCUCCAAACUUGAAGCUUAUAUAAUAUAUAAAAGAAACUUCGAGUAUCUUCUCAAGUUUGAGGUGUUGUCUCUGGACGAGUGGGUCACUUGUUCUUUUUAUUGCUGUGUCCCACGACAGCUGACAGGUGGGUACAUGAAUUAAAAUGCUACAUAGGAAACCUUGUGAAAAAGGUUAAAGCUUAUAUGGCCGGCUUUAAAUGCUUCGCCAGCCUUUCUUGAAUUAAUCCUUAAAAAAAAAUCUCUUGUGCAGAUCUUUGUGAUUUCUCCACUAUCAUUUGGCACUGAGUUGCCUCUUUUCUCUGAUGUAUUGUUUUCAAGACAUUGUGCCACUUCAGAAGAAACAAUAGUGAACAAAUCAAACUCUGACUGAGGAGUAUGAAGCAAAUGAAAGCUCGGGGCUUUGCCAAAGUAAAGCUACAAUAGAAUUAGUCACACUCGGAGAGUUUGGUCAUUCACUGUUACAUGAAACAAAUUACCUAAAGACUUUAAGACUGUUAAAUCUUUGCAGCUUUAACCUUAAAUUAACAUUUGGAGAGCUGUGGCUCUCGACAUUUUUACACCUAAAGAGUGGACAAUAUUUAAAAUUUACAAAGCUAUUUAGUACUUUUUGGAGGUUAAUUAUUUUCUAAGUUUCUCUAUCACGUCCUGCAAAUGAUUGUUGCUCAAUACUCUCUGCAGAAACGUAUAUGUUUGUCAUGACAGUUUUCCUGUAAGAAACCAUAUUCCAGAUGUUUUGAAGAAUACUGGUGGCCUGCUGCUUUUGAAGCUGGUGAAAAAACAGCUGUUGGAGAUACAGCGAUGUGAUAAUGAUUUAAAAAAAACAAUUUGUACCAUUUUGUUGCGUUAUUGGUUAUCAGAGGUGUGGACUCGAGUCAUAUGACUUGGACUUGAGUCAGACUGGAGUCGCAAAUAUGAUGACUUUAGACUGGACCUGACAAUAUCAAAAAAGAGUCACAGCUCAACUUGGACUUUAACACCAAUGACUCGUGACCUCACUUGGACUUGAGCCUUUUGACAUGAAAAUACUCAAUAUACGUUCUCCCAAAGCCCAAAAAUUAAAAAAGUGUGCCACAAAUCAAUUACUUUCCUCAAUAAACUAAUAUUAAAGCCAUUUAAACCUGGCAAGUCAACAAUUAAUUCCCCAGGUCGACUUUGUUUAAACCAAUUUGACAGCAUCCAAUCAAGUUGCAGGAGAGAAAUAGUAAGAAUUAACUUUUUGCCGGAUGCAAAAAAUUAAACCAAAGAUCUUUUCAUUUGCAAAGAAAAACUACAUGGUGGUAAACACAAAAAAACAAUUGGGUAUGUAAAACACGUGGGUCAAAAAAUACUGACAGAAACAUUUGAUACUGUUUAACAUUUAAAGUUACAAAGAACAGUAAGUUUACAUAGUUAACGAGCUAAUGCUCAGGUAACAUUUUCUCAACAGCUAAUAACUUUUUAAGACUUGUAACGAAUAAAUACAAAUUUCAAAAGCAUUAUGAUUUUGACUAUUAUUUAAAUGGAAUUGGUGGAAAAUGCAUUAUGACUUGAAACUCAAAGUUAAGGACUUAAAAAUGACUUGGGACUCGUUAAUGCUCAUUUACAAUCCCUUUCAAAAAUAGAUGCGUCCAUUUCAAACGUUAUAAACGUCACUGCCCUCACACUUCCAUGCAUCCUUUAUGACAGCAUAGAGACAGCCAAUAGACGGCACUAGAGUUCAAAGUUUCUGACAGUUGGAACAAAAUCUGUGAGAGGGCUCGAACAAAAACAGCCAACACUAACUUAAAGCUUCUUCAGUAUAAGUGGCUAAUGCAGACUUAAGUAACCCCUGCUAAAUAACAUAGAUAUAACAAUAAUAUACCUGACAAGUGUCUUGAAUGUAAGGACAUUCAAGGAACAUUUAUACAUUGCAUUUGAGAAUGUGAUAAAAUUCAGAGAUUUUGGAGGGAGGUGAUCAAGAAAAUCAUGAUCAUUUUGUCUAUGAAUUUUCCAAUAUAUUCUCAAAUGAUACUGUUACAUAUAUACCUAUCAAAUCUCAAGUUAAGAACCAAAGAACAUAAAUGCAUUGACUUUGCUAUACUUUAGGCAAAACGAAUGAUUGCUGUCAGCUGGAAGAAAACUAUCGCACCUACAAUAGGUGCUUGGAUUAAAAAUAGGGCACAUUGAAUGUCAACGAAGAGGAUAAAAUACAACCUGAAAAAUAAGUUGCAUGUUCAUGAGGAGAUAGGGAAACCAUUCAAAGACUUUAUGAAAGUUAUAUAAGAGAGCCUCUAUACACAAGGGAGAAUUGGGAUAAGAUAUAUGAAGAAUCAUAGUGAUAAACCCCAGAAAAGAUUAGGCAAGAUUUGGAAUUUUGUAAGCUUUUGCUUAUGCUUAUGUAUAUGUGCGUGCAUGUACAGUGUAUUCUUUUUCCCAGUGUUUCAGAAGUACCAUUAAAAUUAAAUUUUAUAUAAGAUGUAGCCUUAGGCUCUAUGCUGACUUUGGUUAUAUUACAGGAGAAAUGUUAAAAGAGAGAAAGAACAUCUGUUAAAGUGUUUGUAGGGGUGGAUGUGUGAGUGUGUGCUUCUAUUUAUGUGUGGUUGUAAUGUUAAAACUGGCAGUAUAAUGUUUUAAAUUACAAUGCUGACUGUGCUGUACAAAAUUAAUAAAGACAUUGUUAAAAAAAAGUUUCUGACAAUAACAAACGAGCCGACAGUGGAGGAGGUCGUAAUAAUUUACCUUUAAACGGUCGUAAACGGCGGUGGUCUGUGAGGCCAUUGCGAUCGUGACAAGUGGAUGGAGAAUUUUUUUUUUUUUUUAAUCCGUUCCAUUCCUCUGUUUUUCAAGUCUUGCCUGAAAUGUGCUACUGCGCCUUUGCAUUUUCCACUGGUACUGCUUUGUUUUGUUUAUAAGCU